GUUUUCCAUAUUUCAAUCUUCCAUUUGUAAAAGCUUGUUAGCGCAACAGACGUUUUAUUGACGUGUUUUCUCAACUGGGUAAGUUGAACUGCAAUGCUGUAAGCUGGGCACCAGCCAUCAAAUCAGAUUCACUCCACGAUAAUGCAACAACCAUGUCAUCUCCAAAGUGAUUUGUCUCUGGUUAAAAUUUUGAGACGAGAAUAUUUCAUUCAAAAAACGGUAAAAUACCGAUUUUAAAAUGAAUGCAAACAAACAACAGGAGGAAGAUGCAAAAAUGAGGAUUAGAGUUUUUCCGAUGACAAUGGAUGAAGAAUGUGUGAACAGUAUAUGGUCCCUUCUGAAAAAUUCCAUUCAAGAAAUUCAGAAAAAAAACAAAAGUGGGUUAAGCUUCGAGGAGUUGUACAGGAGUGCAUAUACAAUGGUGCUUUAUAAACGUGGAGACAGGUUGUAUGCUGGACUCAGGGAGGUCGUUACAGAUCAUUUGGUGAACAAGGUUAGAGAAGAAGUUUUGGAAUCACUACAAAACAACUUUCUGCAAGUUCUCAAUGCUGCUUGGAACGACCACCAGACAUCCAUGGUCAUGAUUCGAGACGUCCUUCUGUACAUGGAUCGAGUCUAUAUACAGCACAACAACAUGAUCAAUGUUUAUAACUUGGGUCUCAUGAUAUUCAGAGAUGAGAUCAUUCGCCAUCCACCCAUUCAUCAACAUCUGCGAGAAACAUUUCUGUCCAUGAUGGUCAAAGAAAGGAAUGGAGAAGUUGUUGAUAGGGGAGCUGUGAAGAACGGAUGUCAGAUGUUGAUGGUGCUUGGCAUAGAUUCUAGGGCAGUUUAUGAGGAAGAUUUUGAAAGACCCUUCCUCGUGCAAUCUGCUGAAUUUUAUAAAUUGGAAAGUGAGAAGUUACUUUCAGAAAACAGUGCAUCAGUGUAUUUAAAAAGGGUGGAGGCACGAAUAUUCGAGGAGCAGGAGCGAGCAGUUAAUUGCCUGAACGAGUCAACCAAGGAACCAAUAGUCAGAGUUGUGCAGGAAGAGAUGAUUGGAAAGCACACGAGGGCGAUUGUUGAGAUGCCAAAUUUGGGAGUUGUGCAUAUGCUGAAGAACAACAAGACAGAAGAUUUGGAUUGCAUGUUCCGAUUGUUCUCCGUGGUGCAUGAUGGCUUGAAGACCAUGUCUGAUUGCAUUAGCGCUCACUUGAGAGAACAAGGAAAGUCGCUGAUCACUGAGAAUAGCAAUGGCUGCAAUCCAAUCACCUACAUUCAGAGUUUGCUGGAUCUGAAGGAUCGAUUUGAUCAUUUUUUGCACGAGUCAUUCAGCAAUGAUAGACUUUUCAAACAAAUGAUAUCUUCAGACUUUGAGCAUUUUAUCAACCUUAACUCCAAGUCUCCUGAAUACUUGUCAUUAUUCAUUGAUGAUCGAUUACGUAAAGGAGUGAAAGGGAUGUCCGAGCAAGCUGUAGAAACAGUGCUGGACAAAAGUAUGGUCCUUUUUCGGUUCUUGCAAGAAAAAGAUGUGUUUGAGCGCUAUUAUAAACAACAUCUGGCCAAACGACUUUUGCUCAAUAAAAGUGUGUCUGAUGAUUCGGAGAAGAGUAUGAUUUCCAAGUUAAAGACGGAAUGUGGUUGGAUGUUCACUUCGAAGUUGGAAGGCAUGUUUAAAGACUUGACAGUAUCUAACACCAUCAUGGAAGAAUUCAGAGAACAUGUCAAUUUCACAAGAGCGAACAUGUUUGGCAUGGACUUAAGUGUUAGAGUCCUCACCACUGGCUUCUGGCCAUUACAAUCAUCAACUACCACAUGUAACAUUCCUGCAACUUCCAGGCAAGCAUUUGAAACAUUCAGAAGAUUUUACUUAGGAAAACACACUGGUCGACAGCUAAGUCUGCAAGCACAGCAUGGAUCUGCAGAUUUACAUGCUGUGUUUCAUGCUUCAAAACGGUCUUCACAAAGCCAGAGUGGUGGAGGUGUAGCAGGAAGUGGUAGCAAUGGAUCGAUGGAUGCCAACGACGAUGAAAGCUGCAGUGGGGCCGUCGCUCAGGGCAAAUCUGGAGGGCUGAGGAAGCAUAUCCUUCAAGUUUCCACAUAUCAAAUGGUGGUGUUAAUGUUGUUUAAUUCUCGAGAUGUGUGGACUUUUGAGGAGAUAAAAAAUGAGACAGACAUCCCAGAACGAGACCUCAUGAGAUCCGUUCAAUCACUUGCUCUCGGUAAGAUCACACAAAGAGUCCUCACUAAAGAUCCAAAGACAAAGGAGGUCGAACCAAACCAUUCAUUCACUGUAAAUGAUCAAUUCACUUCUAAGCUAUUUCGAGUCCAAAUCCAAGCAGUCACUAGCAAGAGCGAUUCAGAACCAGAAAGAGUUGCGACAAGAAACAAAGUUGAUGAAGAUAGGAAAUAUGAAUAUCCUUUUAUACUGGAAAUUUUUUUUAUUUCUUUUUGUCGGAUAAUGAAGACCCGAAAACAACUACAACACAAUGUGCUCGUGGCUGAGGUCAUCGAGCAGCUAAAAACUAGGUUUCUUCCUUGCCCGGCUGUCAUUAAAAAACGAAUCGAAGGUCUCAUAGAAAGGGAAUAUCUUUCAAGAACUCCCGGGGACAGGGGGUUGUACACAUACGUUGCCUAAUCUCCAGAUUUUUAUGAAUGAACGUAGCAUCAAAAUACAUGUUAUAAUAAAACUCUUUUUUAUUUGAUAACUUUUUGAUUAUUCAUUAGUUCAUUUUUCACUUUGGCGUGAUUAUAAAGGACAUGUAAAUAAAAUUCUCACAAAUA